AUGUCUGAACGAAAAGUGCUCACCAAGUACUACCCACCAGACUUCGACCCCUCGAAGAUCACGCGUCAACGCGGUCCCAAGAAUGCCGGUCCCAAGCUGAUGACAGUCCGUCUCAUGGCCCCUUUCUCCAUGAAGUGCACCCACUGCGGCGAGUUCAUCUACAAAGGGCGCAAGUUCAACGCGCGCAAAGAGACGACGGAUGAAAAGUACUACAACAUCGCCAUAUUCCGCUUCUACAUCCGAUGCACGCGAUGCUCCGGCGAGAUCACCUUCAAGACCGACCCCAAGAACAUGGACUACGAAUGCGAGCGUGGCGCAAAGAGAAACUUCGAGCCAUGGAGGGAGGCCAAGCUAAACGAAGAGACCGAAGAAGAGCGCUUAGAUCGCAUAGAGAGAGAGGAAGCGGAGCGCGAUGCGAUGAAGGAACUCGAAUCAAAAGUCCACGAUGCGAAGACAGAGAUGGCCAUCGCAGAUGCUCUAGACGAGAUCCGGUCGAGAAACGCUAGACUGGAGAAGGCAGACCGCGAAGGCAAAGGAACCGAUGUCCCGCCCGAUGCGGCCGACGAGCGACGGAAGAAGCAAGAGGAAGAAGAUGCAGAGGCUGCACGACAAGCCUUCUCAAACCGGAGCAUGCCUGAUAUCGGCGAGGAGACAAUCGAUGAAGAUAUGUUCGAUGCACCUGUCGAAGUACCUGUGGUCACAACCUUCACCAAGAAGCCAAAGGAAAAGAAAGACUUCAGCGCCGCAUUAGGCAUCAAGAAGAAGACGCCUGCAUCGGCUCCUGCGCCCCAGACGAAAGCUGCUGCGCCACCCUCAAAACUAUCCACCAUGCUUGUAGCUGGUUACGACAGCGAUGAUGACUGA